AUGGUGCUGAGAUGGGCUACUGUGUUAUUGGAGGAAAGAUGACACAGUCCACGCCAGCACCAAAAAAUUCUGUUAGAGCCCGAAUAAAAGCAAUGAUUUCUGACGAAAUAUCCAAAAAGAAGGGAAAACAUCACCGAAGUUCAAGCUGUCCUGUUCGAUCACAGUUAGUUCGAAGGAAUUCCAUUCAUCAUUUGGAACCUUCAGAUUCGGUUCCCCUUGCUGAUUUUGUAUUAGACAAUAGAAGUCCUACAAGCCAAAAUCAUGAAUACUCUCCCGCUAUCAGCACAUGGGAUUCGCUGCCUCUGGAAUGCUGUGAGGAUUCAGUUGCCAGCGAGAAAAGUUAUGAAGAGUGUGAGUUUCAGGAGCAACCAACAGAGAACCGCACACUUGUUGAGGAAAAGUUGGACAACACAAAGCAAGAUAUGUCGGAGCAGAAGUUGAUACAUGCAAAGGAACUCACUAGAGAUGCUUCGCUCCAUACAAAGGAGCUUCUGAAUCCUCUUGACAUGAUCAAUGUAAACAAGAAUUUAUUAUUAAAAAUGGGAUUGAGUAAGUCUGGAUCAUUUCCUUUACCCGGCUCAUCAGGCAGAAGAGGUUCUGGGGCUAGCAAACUGAAACGCAUGCAGGAGGGGAUUGGGUUUCAUGCAAAGGAAAAAGGAAAGUUCCAAUUUGGUAGUCAAUCACAUAAGGCAGUUGAGUUCAGAUACUCGGGAGAUUUUACUAACCAGUCAAUGCCAUCAAAAGCGGAUUAUGAAGUAGAUGGAAUGUUAAAUUCAAGCCAUAAAACAGCUGACAUGCAUGAGAAUAAAAUGGCUAUCAAGCGUUUCAAGGAUCUUAAACAGAAGAUAAGGCAUGUGAUUAAGGAAAGCAGAAAAGAGAGGCAUCGGAUUGCUAUGGAUGCUAUCCUUCACAAAAUUCCUCACGGCCGUGGGUUUUCUAAUGAAUGGAAGAAAGAGAUUUUCAAUCAACUGAAGGACUCUGCAAUAAAUAGACAAGGCAAAGCUAGUCCUGAAAGUAGUUAUGAGAUUGAUCAUUCUGUUGCUCGAAUGCGCCACAUGAGAAGAACAUCAUCUCUCAACGAGUCGCUGGACAGAUAUUGUCAGCUGUACGAGACUAGUUUCAACAGAGAAGCCAAACACACAACCUCUGGGAGAUCAAAAACAGAAGAGGCAUCUUUGCCUUCAGGAAGUGCCCCAAAAUCCCUGACAAGGGUUCACUCUUUACCUGAACUCAAAUCUUUUAUCUAUCAGAGUGAGGACUCUUCUGAUGUUUUUUCUUCAGGAAUGAUGACUAGGACUGUUGUGGAUGUCUCUGUAAGCAAAGGAAGCAGUUUUGAUGAACAGGAAAAUCUAGACCUUCCUCUAGAUUCAGAAGAUCGGUUGCAGUUAGAUAUUCUUGUAGAAAGUAAAAAUCAAGAAAACUUGCUUGGAGCUGGUGAAACUGAUUUGGUUCUGGGAGAUGAGGUUGGAUCACCAUCAUCAAUUGCAAACAGCAAGGCAAAUGCGGGUUUAAUUGUUGACGAUUUUGGCAACUCGGAAGCAAGGGAAAUCACUUCUCAAAAUGAGGACAUUGAAGAGGAUAUUGGGCCCUCAAAGGAAUCCAUUGCUGAAUUGGAAGAACACAUUCCAGUUUCUCAGACUGACUCCUAUUCCCUGAAGGACACGACCAGCCCUGUACACAUUUCCAUAGCAGAAGGUUAUGAAAUCCCGCAUUUUCAAGUGGAUGCAAAAGAGAGAGCUGAAUUUGAUUACGUGAGAGAUGUACUGGAGCUAUCCGGGUUCAGUGGGAAUGAGUCCCUUGGAACAUGGCAUUCUGAUGAGCUGGCUGUUGAUCCUUAUGUUUAUGAGGAAGUGGAGGACUGCUGGGAAAAUGAAGAAGGUGAUAAUUGCAGUCACUUGCUUUUGUUUGAUCUAAUCAAUGAGGUCCUGAUGGAGAUAUAUGGGAGGUCAUGCAGCUACUGCCCCAUUCCCUUGUCUUCCCUCUCCCACAUCCGCCCAAUGCCAGCAGGACAUCAUGUUCUCCAGGAAGUGUGGGCACUUAUAAGCUGGUACAUGAGCUUGAGACCAGAGGGUAACCAGUCAGAGGAUUAUGUUGUGAGCAAAGAUUUAGCAAAGAGUGAUGGGUGGAUGAAUCUCCAAUUUGAGACUGAGUGUGUGGGGCUGGAGCUGGAUGACUUGAUUUUUGACGAUCUUUUAGAGGAAGUUUUCUGGACCUGAUGGCUGGAACAGGUGCAUGAAAAGAAUCGGGAAAAAUAUGAGGGAGAAAGAAAUUCAUUGUUGCAUUAGUACAUAUAUAUACUGUACAGUUAGCGAGCACAAGUUAUUCUGUAUUCCUUUGGCUACGGCUCUGAAUACAAGCAAACUAAUAUGAGUGGAUGGCAGAAUUGUAGUCAUCUUCCAAAAUCACAGAGUUGAAGAGCAAGACUUGAUUCAUGCCUUUUAUUCAAGAGGUUGUUACUCUUUUAUA